AUGUCCAGUUUCCAAUUAGAGAUUCUACAAAAGCUAAGCGAUUUGGGCGAGAUCAAAUCCACACUGCAGACUUUUCCCGGAGUCGAUCUGCAGGACGUACUCUCUGCGCUAAAUUCGUUGAAAGCGCACGGCAAAUUGAACUACACCAAGAACGAUAUCGUGUACCAUGAAUUGUCCGACGAGGGCCAGGAUAUCCUGGCCAACGGCUCUCACGAGAUGAAAUUGCUGCAACUGAUCAGCGAACUGGGCAAAUUACAGAUUAAGGAUGUGAAUGCGAAACUGGGCGCCAACGGUAAGGUUGGCCAAGCCCGUGCUUUCAAGAAUGGCUGGAUCGUGAAGAAUAAGAACAACGAAUUAGAAGUCAGCGAUAAAGCGAAGGAUAGUGUUCCAGAGGAUGAAACUAGGAUCCUGUUGGCUAAGAUCGUUCAGAGACAAGAUUCGUCGAUCGACUCAAAGGUGUUGGCCGAUUUGAAAAAAAGGAAACUGAUCGUCCCAAAGAAACAGACAGAUUUUGUUGUCAGCAAAGGCGAAGAUUUCUCACUAGAGUUGACAAAGUUGGAGACUGACAUCACUUCUGAGAUGGUGACCAGCGGCUCUUACAAGGACGUCAAGUUCAAACCUUACAACUUUAACUCACAGGGUCUGGACGUACAGUCCGGUGCGCUACAUCCAUUGAGUAAAGUGAGAGAAGAGUUCAGACAGAUUUUCUUCUCCAUGGGGUUCAGCGAGAUGCCUUCGAACCAAUACGUUGAAACUGCGUUCUGGAACUUCGAUACCCUAUACGUGCCACAACAACAUCCCGCUCGUGAUUUGCAGGAUACUUUUUACAUUAAAGACCCACUGACCUCAGAUUUGCCACAGGAUAAGACUUAUAUGAAUAACAUCAAGGCGGUUCACGAGAACGGGAAAUUCGAUUCCAUCGGUUACCGUUACAGCUGGAAGGAAAAGGAAUCUCAAAAACUGGUGUUGAGAACCCACACAACAUCCAUUUCAGCUGCCAUGCUACACAAAUUGGCCAAGGAUCCAAAACCCAUAAGAUUAUUCUCCAUCGACCGUGUCUUCCGUAACGAAGCUGUCGAUGCCACACAUCUGGCCGAAUUCCACCAAGUCGAAGGUGUCCUAGCUGACUACAACAUCACCCUUGGUUCUCUGAUCAGUUUCAUGGAAGAAUUCUUCGCAAAGAUGGGUGUCACUGGUCUGCGUUUCAAGCCAACUUACAACCCUUACACAGAGCCAUCGAUGGAAAUCUUCUCCUGGCACGAAGGUUUACAAAAAUGGGUCGAGAUCGGUAACUCCGGUAUGUUCAGACCAGAAAUGUUGGAAUCCAUGGGUCUGCCAAGAGGCCUGAGAGUCCUCGGUUGGGGUCUUUCCCUCGAAAGACCAACAAUGAUCAAAUACAAAGUCCAAAACAUCAGAGAACUACUAGGACACAAGGUCUCCUUGGAUUUCAUCGAAACUAACCCAGCUGCCAGACUGGAUGAAGAUUUGUACGAAUAA